UGGAACGUAAACUUUAGAAGGUUCUUGGCUAGAGUAAUCUACCGCAAUACUUGAGCUGAUUACAUAUAUCCUUCCCCGUGGCCAGACACUGUAACUUUAGAAAGCCAACUAAUCGCUGAACCGCGAGCUUCCCUGGACCCAUUUACAUACUCCAGUGGACUUCUAACUACCUUUAUUCUCGCUCCUUCCUCCCACGCUAUACUUUCUAUUAUGGUCAUAUUGAAGAACAAAAGAGGAAAACGCUCCAGCAAGAAAGUAGGUCAUGAAAGAUGUGAAAAGAUUCAAAGCUUUCAUAUAACUUAUUCAGGGGUAGAGGCUUUUACAGUGGAGGUCUGGGCUUGUGCUCUAUCCGGAUGGGAAAAAGGAAAAAACAAUGAGUAUGGAUUUCUCGGAAGAGAGGAUUUGUCCAGCCAGACCCGGGUGCGGGAACUCCAGGGCCAAAUUGCUGCAAUCACCGGGAUCGCCCCUGGCUGUCAGCGCAUCCUGGUCGGAUACCCACCCGAGUGCCUGGAUCUCAGCAACGGGGAUACUAUGCUGGGGGAUUUGCCCAUCCAAUCAGGCGACAUGCUGAUUGUUGAAGAAGACCCAACCAGGCCCCACAGUUCACCUGCGUUUACCAGACACGGUGCUCCUAGUUAUGUCAGGGAAACUUUGCCUGUGCUUACCAGAACCGUGGUCCCAGCCGACAACUCUUGCCUCUUUACCAGUGUAUACUACGUUGUUGAAGGAGGAGUCUUAAAUCCAGCUUGUGCCCCUGAGAUGAGACGCCUCAUAGCACAAAUUGUAGCCAGUGAUCCAGAUUUCUAUAGCGAAGCAAUACUAGGAAAAACUAAUCAAGAGUACUGUGAAUGGAUCAAAAGGGAUGAUACUUGGGGGGGAGCUAUUGAGAUAUCAAUUUUGUCUAAAUAUUAUCAAUGCGAAAUAUGUGUAGUAGAUACACAGACAGUAAGAAUUGAUCGUUUUGGGGAAGAUGCGGGAUAUGCCAAAAGGGUCCUGCUUAUUUAUGAUGGCGUCCACUAUGACCCUCUUCAGCGUAACUUUGCUGACCCAAACACCCCUCCUCUGACCAUUUUCUCCUCUAAUGAUGAUAUUGUUCUUGUACAAGCACUGGAAUUAGCAGAUGAAGCUAGAAGAAAGAGACAGUUUACUGAUAUAAAUCGCUUCACCCUGCGAUGCAUGAUAUGUCAAAAGGGACUAAUUGGACAAGCAGAAGCAAGGGAACAUGCCAAGGAGACAGGCCAUACCAACUUCGGAGAAGUGUGAUCUAUGCAUGAUGAGGAUUAAAGCCUACUACCUCACAGAUCCAGAAGGUUCUGGGUCUUCCAAUAAGCUAUUCACAACCCUAAAGAACAAAGGAUACAAUGCUUGAACCAUCCUUUUAACUUAAAACCACUAAGGCACUGAAAUUCCUUGUUAAGAUUAAAAUUGGUGUGCAAGUUUACAGAUGUGUGUCUAGAGCGGUGAUACGUGCCCUCUUUCUGCUGGGGUGACAAUUGAUGGUCCAUGCUACCGACGGACACUAGCCUGAAGAUUGAGUUUUAGUAUUAUAAACUAGCACCCAGCAGCAUUAGCUUGUAGAAGAAAACAGCAUCAUAUUUUGGGUAAUGCAGAAGUCCUGGUAUGAAGCCGUCGGACAUAAACCACAAUGUCUCCAAUAAUUAAGUCCUUUUAAAAACUCUGAGCUAAGAGUUUCUAAAUUAUGAAUUGAUUCUUCACAUGAAGAUACACAGAAUUGUCAAAACUGAUUUUAUAUUGAAAUUUGGUAGACUUUGUAAAAUGUGUACUUAGCCAGUUGUAAGUACAUAACAAGCAUCUUGACAGGGAUGAGUCUGUUCCCUAACAACGUUACCUAAAAACAGGAAUGGAUAGUGCCCAGUUUAGGAGAUCUAGUGUAUAAAAGUAGAUUGUGUGAGGGAAAAGGUGCCUGAGCAGCUUAUUGAAGCUUUAAAAGACCAUUGGCCUCGUGUUUUAAUGAAAUUCAUUUAUUAAUCUUUGUCAAAUUAGAUAAAAUUUAAAAUUAAGCAGGGUAUGUUUUUCUAAUUGAAGUUCUAUAAAAUUGGAGUGCUUGAAUUUUGCUUUUUUACACAAAGAUUUGGAGGGAUUUGAAUUCUUCAGCUUUUUGUUAAGAGACUUCCUCCAACUCCUAAAGAAAUGUUCAUCUAAAGGUGAUAAUGAUAUGCUUUGGUUUGAUUUUUGUGAGAUCUUUUGCUUAUCUAAACAGUAUUUGUUUUCUCUUAGCCUUAUCCUGCCACUGAUGCUCUUUUAAUAAUUUCACCUUUCUGCAAAUUGGCACUUUGCUUAUCCACAAUCUUUUACUUGGACUUCUGAGGAGUUUUAAUGUAAUUGGGAUAAUAAUAUUGAAAAAAUUAGUUUCACAAAAAUAUGACAGUUUUUAAAUUCUUGCCUUACCUGAAUAAGCUUCUUCCUAAUAUUAGAUGUGUAGCCAUUUGCUUGGUGGGCUAAUCCUUAAGGCAAACCCUCUAAAACUUAGCUUUACUAUGAGAUCUUCCAGAUAAAAGUUUUCUACCUCUUUUUAUAAAUCUUCUGAAGAUCAGGGAUGCAAAAUUAUAAUUUGUUAUGUAUUAUCUCACAUAAUGUGAAGAGGCUUAGUGUUGUGAAGUUUUGUUAUAUUGGUCUCAUUUUUUUAAUUAUUUCACUUAGAAAACCAAUGGUAUACUUUAAAGCACUUAAAUCUCUCUAUAUCUUCUUGACAAAUGUUAAAAAAUUGAUAUUUACUUUUAGCAUUUUUCACUUGGUGAAGGUGGCCAUAUUAAAUUAGGGAACAUGUAAACAAUUUAAGGGGAAAGUACCUUUAAGGAACAAUUCACGAAGUAUGCUUGAAAUCAUUAAAUGACAUGUUUUUGAGGAACUUUUGUAUGAAUAGCUGCUUUAGGCAAAAGUUGUUAUGGUCAGUAUAACUUAAAAGUAUUUAAUUUUCUAUUUUACUGAGCCUUAAAAAUAACACUUGUGAGUUUGUGAUAUUUAAUGUUUGACAGUCAUAAUAUGUAUAGAUGAAUAUGAUUGAAAAUCUCUUAGUACCUGUCUGUCCUCUAAUCUAAAAGGUUUUUGUAUCAUUCAUUUCCCCCAGAACAUAUUAAAUUUAAAACUGUAAGUUGAUAUAACCCUGGGUAGCAUCCAUCACAUUGUUUGCCUUCUUUUCUUAGGUACUUCUAGAGAAAUACAUUUAUGCAACAAAUGUUUAUUGAAUAACUGAUAAUCUACCAGGCAUCUAUUGAUGUGUUUUCCAACAGAAUUUCUUUCACUUUAAAAUUGAGUGUACUCUAUCUACACUGGAUUACAUUAACAAAUGGAAAGAAAAAGGACCUGAUACUUUAUAAAAUUAAACCCCUCAAUCUUAAAUACUUUUGUUUGCAUGUUUAAGCUUACACUAUUACAGCAAGUGUCAAGUGUUUAUGUAGGGGUUUUAUUUUAUUCUUGUUUACCUGUUAUCUAGGUGGUCCACCACCUGGAAACUGAUAGUCAAAUUGCUUUUUAAAUUAAUCAUCUACUGAAAUUCAGCAGUAGGACUUUAAUGUUCUGAUCACGGAAAAUUUGAGAUUGCAGAUUAUUUGAUUUAAUCAUUGAGGAUUAAACCCUAAGCUUGUACUCAUUCUAAACUCAUUUAUUAUGAGCCUCACAGAAUGUAAGAGUUUUUUACUGCACUUACUAAACUCUUAAAAUUAGUGAAUUAACAUGUAAAUUCUAAUCCUGAGAAUUUUUAAAACUUAGGGAUUUAGUACUUUACUUGCAGUAGGAUUAAAACACUUUUUUUAUUAUUAUUUAUUGAUUUGAGAAAGAGACAGAGAGAGAGGAAGAGAGAGAGAAAGAGAGAAACAUCAAUAGCAUAUCAGGAUGAUACUGUCAACAACUGAGCUACCUGGCAAGGCCAGAAACUUUUUCUCAAGUUUGCACUUGAGCAGAAUGAAACCCUUCCUAGUCAUCAUUUUUAACCACCAUAUGAGAACUUUCUUUUUUAAUUAAAAUGAGAAUUGUUUACAUUAGUGGCAAAAUGGAAAUUGUGCUUUUCCAUUCCUCACUUCUUUCUGUUACUCUUCUUCCCCUUACUCUCCUUUGGAUUUGAAAAUUAGGUGUAGGGCUCUGAAGAUGCACUUCUAGAUAGAGUGAUUUCAGAAGUUGAAAUGAUAUCCUUGGGAAUUUUGUGAUUUGACAGCCAUAUGAAGACACCAGUGUGGUACAUCUGUUACUGGCUCAUGGCUGAUUUUUAAUUAUUUCCCAUGAUUGAAAAAUGGGCAUAGUCAAGGGGUACCCUUGAAAGCUGCUGAAAGUUGGCUGCUGGUUUGCUUGACCCUCUUGGCAAAACCUACUCUAGUUACGCCACUUAAUUAUUACAUGAAGUUCAAGUUCCCACAGAAUCAGGAAUGAGUUAACGUUAUUUUAUUUAUCUAUACACGCCCCUAAGCACCCAUGCCCAUCUUGCUUAUCAAGUUUAUUUUUUCCUAUGUAGACUUUCUUCACAACUUGGAUGUUGCAAGUUGCCCCUGCUAAACAUAGUUUUCUAUGUCUUUGAAAAAAAUUCAACUGGGGAAUAUGUAAGAUCAGCCACAGAGAGAUGGUUUUCUAUACAAAUCAAUGAGGUAGCCUUCCUAAACUUCCAUAUAUUAAGAUUGAUAUUGUUUCAUGUGUUGAAAUAUGCAUUUUGAAUUAUUUGCUGCACUUUAAAAAUAUGAAGUAGAAGUUUACAUGUUAGGCCUCUCCAGGGAAUCUUACUAAAGACAUUAAAAUAUAAUCCUUGAGCUGCUUACAAUCAGUUCUUCAUAAGCAACAAUUACCAUCAGUGUAUAUUGUAUCCAGUAGUACAACAUUCUGGUGUUUUGAUAACAAUAGCACUCAAUUUCAGUAACGAUGAGAAGCAUGCUCAGUGCCCUAGCAUUCAAAAUGUUACCUAUUUCUAUAAUGUGAUUGUUCUUUAUCCAUUGUACAGUGCAGUUGCAAAUUUGUCCUUUUAGCACAAAGAUGACUUAACUCUGAAAAGAUUAGAUUCUUAAAACUUCCUUUGUUUUAAAGCAGACUUAUUUUAAAAGAGCUGAUUUUUAAGUCAGAGGCCUCAAAAGUACCAUACAUAAUAAACAACAUUGUUAAGACUACAGUUGAAGCACUUGAUGAAUAAGCUAGUUUACUAACUAAAGAUGUUUUCUUACUAAAAGUUAUAAUAUUUUAGCACAUUUCAUCCAACUUAGAAUAUAAAACUUCCCUGGUUGUGGGAAAGGGUUUUAUUUUUUUCUUCUCCAAAAACUGGCUGGUGUUUUGUUUACAGUGCUAGGACUAAUUAACUUUGAAGAAAUUAUUGCAUUGAUACUGAAUUGUGAGGUCCUGAUUUAGGAGAUUGAUAACCCUCCCAUGCCAUUUUAGAGUGAGGGGAGAAAGGGGCGGGAGGAUAGAAUACCACUUGAAUAGAGGAGACCCUCAAAUGGAUGCAUUCCUAGUCAUGAAUUACACUUUUUGGGAAAUGCCUUUGUGUCACCUUAAUCCUGUCCCCUGACCCCACCCCCCUCCACCCCCCCAUUUCUAGGCAUAGAAUGUAGCAGGAUCAUAGCUGGAAAGCUAGUGAUUAAAGUAUAAAACCAUGACUAUAAGCAUUUUGGUAUGAUGCCUUUUUAUACUUUUUAAAAAAUACAAACCUACAACUAGGAGUUUAGGAAUAGUGAAGAUAAUGAUUUAGUUAAGUUGUAGGUUAAAAAAGAAAACGUUAAACUAAGAAAGCUUUAGAAUCUCUACUGAGACACAUAAGCUGGACUUUAUAGCUGAUGUAGGAUGUGUAGUUAUUUGCAGCCAAUGAGCUACAAGGACCAGGGUACCUGAUUGUUGUCAGUUUCCCAGUUCACCAUGGUGCCAUUCAGGAUCCAAGUUGUUUACAGGAAAUGUGAUUUCCUGAGCAAAAAGUAAUUCUUCCUUUAAGAAAAGUAAGAAUUCAGCUUAAAAUACAAAAUAAAUAUGUAUAUUUUGUUGAGCAAUAUAUUUCUGUAUUAAUGCAGUAGAGGAGGAAUGCCUGAAACAAGAAGAAAACCACAAAACUGUCAGACUUAGGGCUUUUGACCAUGACUUGAAAAAGUAGCAUGGAAGAGCAAAACAGAACAAAGUUCUGCUGUUCUUGUUAUAAGAAAAUAGUGUUCAUGAAAUGGACAGUGUUUUCUUGUUUUAAAAAUGUUCUCUUGUCUAUUUGCCACCAUUUUUUCAAAGUUAAUGCACUGCUGCUAAAGAUGUCAGUUUUAUUUUGCACACCCCUUAUGUGCUAUUGCCAUUGUCCUUAAGGUGCAUUGAUUUUAUUUAUAAGGUGUGUGAUUUUAAGUAUCCAAAUGCUGUACGAAAUGACUUGUUUUCAAUGAAUAAAUGAAGUGAAAAUA